GCAGAGCGCCCAGAGCAGAUAUUUCAGUUGGUGUGCCGAUUCAAUUCCAGAUUCCAGAUCACGACCCAAAUCGGAGCCGCUAGUGUGCCAGCCGCAACACGUCUACGUCAGCAAAAUCACGUUGCACAUCAGCAGUUGGCAGGAAGAUUGGUCAACACGGAGAACAGAACGACGAUAAUCCUAACCCCGUGAAUUACCAGAAAGAUGGCUAUUAAACCGGGACUCGGUCGCAAGACCAGCAACAAAAACCCUCCGAUCCUCAGCCACGAGUUUGUGAUCCAAAACCAUGCGGACAUUAUAUCCUGCGUGGCCAUGGUCUUCGUAGUCGGUCUCAUGAACGAAUCGACGGCGGCAUUUGCCAGUGCGUUUAUAUCCCUGCAUCAUAAUGUCAGCGGCGAGGAUCCCAGCAGGGAGCAGCCAUAUGGCAAGGUCUACACAUACAUUGCAGGAAUCAAGGAUUACUGUGCGAUAUUUUUCUACACGCUGACCUGCAUCAUAAUGCACGCGAUUAUUCAGGAGUUCGUGCUGGACAAGAUCAGCAAAAAGCUACACCUAUCAAAGUUCAAACUUGCCCGUUUUAAUGAGUCUGGCCAACUAGUGGCCUUCUAUCUGCUGUCCUUCGUCUGGGGCGCCCAUGUCCUGCUUAAGGAGGGAUAUCUCGGCCAAGUGGCUCAACUGUGGGAGGGCUUCCCGGACCAUCCGAUGAGCUUCCUGCACAAGUUCUAUUUUGUGGUCCAGUUGGCCUACUAUCUGCACAUGCUGCCGGAACUGUACUUUCAGAAGAUCAAGACCAAGGAAGAGCAGCAGCCGAAGAUCGUGCACUCGAUCAGCGGCUUCACCCUGAUUGUUCUGGCGUAUACGCUAAGUUUCCAGCGCUUGGCCUUGGUUUUGUUAACGCUGCACUACUUUAGCGAGUUGCUGUCGCACGUUUUUCAGCUUAUUGGCGUAUUCGAUCGCGAGGAGCGUCUGGCCAAGCUGCGAGUGGUCAACAAUGGAGUCUUUUUCUUGAUUCGCUUCGCUACGUCUGUGAUUGGAGUGCUCACCUUGUACUACGGAAUCGGAGGACUGAGGUCCUUGCUAGCUUUGGGCGGUCUGAUUGCUCUACAAGGCUACCUGGUAUUCUCCUUCAUCACCGAGCAACUACGCGCCAAGCGCGAGGCCAAAAAGGAGGCUAAGCGCGAGGCCAAGCUGGCGCUGCAAACUAAAAAGCCUGCUAAAACGCCCAAGGACAAGAUAAAACGCAAAAAGGAGAGCGAUCUGCCCGAAGCGGAUCAAACUUCACCCAGUCCCAUCAAGCAAAAGCUCAAGUGAGAAGCCAGGAAACACAGAGCAACAACAUCUUCCGAACACUUCCAAUCUAAAAUGAAUGAGAGAUAGAAAGAGCAGCACCAUAAACAGAAGCCUUGAGUAUAGCAGAUUUAUAGCCACGAAUAGAAUCGACAAAUCUCGUUUAGCUUAAAACUUUCACUGCAAACAAGUAUGCUGCAUUUAUUUCCUCAAAACACAAAAAAAAAAAUUCUUAGCCUAAAUGAUUUGUUUCAUUUUAAGUUUAAAUCAUUACAAAACAAUUUUAUUUUUAUACAUACACAAAAAAUUGUAAAAAAAAUUAUUACUGUGCUUUUUUUUUUA